GACCUUGUCCCCGCCGCCGAGCCGAGCCCUCGCCAUGCUGCUGCUGGCCGGCACCGCCGCGGCGGGGCUGCUGCUGCUGCUGCUGCUGCUGCUGCCGGCGCUGGUGGCCCGCGCGUCACCCUACCUCUGGGCCGACGCGGUGGCCUUCGCCCGCACGGCGUGGGUGGCCCUGCGCUGCGAGCGGCGCCUGGCCCGCCGGCCCCCCGCCGCCCUGCUCGACGUCUUCCAGGCUCACGCGCGCCGCCGGCCCCACCGGCCCCUGCUGCUCUUCCGGGAUGAGCUCUACACCUACGCGGACGUGGAGCGGCGCAGCGCCCGCGCCGCCCGCGCCCUGGCCCGGCACCCGGGGCUGCGCCGCGGCCAGGCCGUCGCCGUCCUGCUGCCCAACGAGCCGGCCUACGUGUGGACCUGGCUGGCGUUGGCCAAGCUGGGCUGCGCCAUGGCCUGCCUCAACGCCAACGCGCGGGGCCGGGGGCUGCGGCACGCGCUCGCCGCUGCCCAGGCCACCGUCCUGCUCGCCAGCCCCGCUCUCCGGGCCGCGGUGGAGGAGGUGCUGCCGGCCCUGCGGCAGGACGGCGUCCGCGUCUUCUACCUGGGCGCCGAGUCGCCGACGCCGGGCGUCGAGGCCCUGGGGCCCAGCAUCGAGGCGGCCUCCGCCGAGCCGCUGCCGGCCCACCACCGCGCGGACGUCACGCCGGACGCCAAGGCCGUUUACAUCUUCACCUCCGGCACCACAGGGCUGCCCAAAGCGGCAGUGAUAACGGAGAAGAAGAUGCUGCUGAUGGCCAACAUGGCCCGGCUGUGCGGCCUCCGCGCUGAGGACGUCCUCUACACCGCGCUGCCGCUGUACCACUCGGCCGCGCUGCUCAUCGGGCUGGGAGGCUGCCUGGAGGUCGGAGCCACCUGCGUCCUGCGGGCCAAGUUCUCCGCCUCGCAGUUCUGGGACGACUGCCGCCGCUACAACGUCACCGCCAUCCAGUACGUGGGCGAGCUCAUGCGCUACCUCUGCAACGCGCCCAAGCGCCCCGGCGAGCGGGACCACGGCGUGCGCCUGGCGGUGGGCAACGGCAUGCGGGCAGAGGUGUGGAAGGAGUUCCUCCAGCGCUUCGGGCCCAUCACCAUCCGGGAGUUUUACGGGGCCACCGAGGGCAACGCUGGCUUCAUCAACUACACGGGGAAGAUCGGCGCUGUGGGAAGGGCCAACGUCUUCCUCAAGAAAUUUGCCUCCUUUGAGCUGAUCAGGUACGACGUGGAGCGGGAUGAACCCGUACGCGACGAGCGAGGUUUCUGCAUCCGCGUUCGCCCUGGCGAGGCAGGGCUCUUGGUCAUCAAAAUCACCAAGACGACCCCUUUCCAUGGCUACGCUGGAGAUCCCGAGAAGACGGAGAAGAAGGUCUUGAGGAACGUCUUGGUGAAAGGCGAUGCUUUCUUCAACAGCGGUGACCUCCUCAUGAUGGACCAUGAAAAAUUCCUCUACUUCCAGGACCGGGUGGGAGACACUUUCCGCUGGAAAGGUGAGAACGUGGCCACGACAGAGGUGGAAGCCACACUAGCCUCAGUGAACUUCAUCCAGGAGAUCAACGUCUACGGGGUGUCUGUGCCGGGGUGCGAGGGGAAGUGCGGCAUGGCGGCCAUCUGCCUCAAGCCCGGGACGAGCUUCCAGGGCGAGAGCCUCUACGCGCACGCCAAGGCCGGGCUGCCGAGCUACGCCACCCCCCGCUUUGUGCGGCUUCAGGAAGCCCUGGAGAUCACGGGCACCUUCAAGCAGUGCAAGAGCAACCUGGUCAAAGAAGGCUUCAACCCCAACGUCAUCAAGGACCCGCUCUUCUUCCUGGACGAGAGCAAGCAAGCCUACGUGCCCCUGAGCCCCGACGUCUACGCGGACAUCCUGGCGACGCGGCUCAAGCUGUAACGAGCCACCGUGCCGCGGGGGGGGGGGGGUCUCCCCGGGGGGGUAAUUGCCUCCGGGCCAUCAGCGGGGCGAUCUGCUGCUAAUCGGGGGGGGGUUGUGAAGUGGGUACUGCCUCCGAGGAGCUCGGGAGGGAGCCGGAGCGCGACAAGGGCGUUUCCCACGCUGGCCGCAGAAAUUCAAGGGCUAAAUUCCGCUUAAUCGGGUCGGCUUUGCCCGGCUGCUGCCCCGGCGGCUCCGACGUCCUCGGUGCUGCUGAAGCGGCGAGCGCUCGGUCGAACGGGGACAUCCGCCGGGGACGAACCCGCGGGGUUUUUUCCCCCCUGUCCAGGCGAAUUGCACCCAAAAUCCCCUCGGAUGACUCUAAGGGCACUCGGGAAUAAAGUUGCUUCCCACGCGA